AUGACUUACACUGCGCUUUCACCCGGUAUGGUAGUAGCUCCGAUAUCCCCAGGGACGUAUCUAUUGCCCGCUGUGAGUGGUCCGGAUUCUAUGCUUAACAGCUGCGUGGGAGCGGGUUGUGUUAACACAACCCACGACAAAAUUUUUACGUACACACCCAAAGAAUACAGCGCGAAUUUGCAGUUUAUGAUCAUGUGUGUCCCACUUUGUCUGAUUGGAGUGCUCGUAGUCUGUCUCAUCGUAUGGAUAGCAAUAACUGCCAAAAGCCGUUACAAGGCAUACGAAGAUGCACUAGACCAAAGGCUCAUUGACGCAAUGAGUGAAGAGGAGAAAGAGGUGUAUGCUUGA